AUGCGCUCCCGUUACCGUAGCCCGUGUUUCGGCUCAAUUCCAUUGGCGCAUGCUCGGGUCCCUUUCUCCUACUACAUGCCCCUUUGUGUGAUACCCUUGGCAUUUAUCUAUUUCUUGAGCUUUUUUCUGUUUCUUGAGAACACGAGGAUUUUGCCGGGGAAACCGAUGGGAAAACAAAAGUUUGCCAGGAAACCCGCGAAACGGAGAGAGCCCGACACCGACGACGAUGAUGUUUAUGAUGCUGUCGAUCUCUUCCAUAAAUCCGAUCGAGAGCUGAAAAAGAAUAUCAACAUUCGGAAACCUGGUGCACGCGUUGAGGUUUUAAACGUCGAAGGCGAUUACUCGGAAGACGAAGGAAAAACUCAAGAACAAGGCAACGUCAGCAAUGAUGAUUGGGACGACGAAAGCGACCGAGAAAAAGAAGGAUCCUCAAAAUUUGAUGAAGAUUUGGAAGAUCAACUUCCUUCACGCGAGAAUUGGGGCAAGAAACGUCAAGCUUUCUACUCAACUUCUUAUGUCGAUAAUGAUAUUGCCGUUGGAAACGAGGAUGAAGAAGAGGACGCUCUUUUGGAAGAAGAAGAUGCGACUGCUCGCCAACGAGUUUUGGACGCGGCGAUCGCUGAUUUGGAUAUCUACGAGAAGUUGGACGAAAAUGAGACUCAAGUGAUUGAGGUUGUAAAGAAAGUCGACCACGACUGGAACCCAGUGAAAGUGCAAAAGAAAAACAAAACGACAGCGAAAAUUUUGGAGGACUACAAACUUAAAAUGGAAAUGUUCAACGUGAUCGUUAAGCCACUUUUUGAAGUCGCUCAACUUUUGCCCGCCGAAUCUCCGCUAAAGUUGAAGUUGCAACUUUGCGCGAACACCUAUGGAGUAUAUUUGUGCAACGUCCAGUUAUGGCUCUCGAUGAAAGCUGAUUCGAUUGCGCAGCAAAAAGAAACCGAUUUCAAGGUUGAUGGCCAUCCUGCCCUCGAGAAAAUCUCGACUCUCAAAAAGAUGACAGAUCAAAUCGAUUCGUUCGUCGGUCGAAAUUCGGAUCUUUUCACAAAACUCAUCAAGAAGGCCAAAGAGGGGAAAACGGUUGAUGUGGAAGAGCACUACCCAAUCGUUUCUGAGAAGAGAGCAAUCAAAAAGAAGCUGAAAGAAGAGAUGGAAGAAGAAGCGUUGGCUGAAGAGCUUGAAGAAAAUGAUGACGAAAUGAAUGAGGGUCGUCGUGGUAUCAACUACACAAUUGAGAAGAACAAAGCGCAGCAAUACAGAAAGAAGAAAGCUCCCGGAAAUUCAAAGGUACGAAAGCGUCAACAAUUCAAGAGCGCGAUGAAACGACAGAAUAGUCAACGGCCUAAGCUUCGCAAAGAAGAGGCUCGCUACUCGGGAGAAUCUCGUGGAAUUCGCAUCAGCACGAUCAAGAGUGUCAAACUUAAAGCC